AUGGCAUCUUUGUCAGGCGAAGGUUAUUUACGUGAUCGUGUUCGUGAUUCAUCUGGGGUCAAUAUAGAACAUCUUGAAUGUUCUAUUUGUAAAGAUCUACUUUGGAUACCAGUGGCUUGUCAAACAUGUGAAACACCAUUUUGUUCUGCAUGUAUUAAACAAUGGCGUACGAACCGUCCAAUAAAAUGUCCAAACUUAUGCGAUACAUUCAUUGAAAGAAAAUGUCCUCCAUUCAUCGUUAAAAUGCUUUCACAAUUGCAGAUUGCUUGUGCUUAUCAAAUAUAUGGCUGUAUGGAAAUCAUUCCGUAUGAAGCAUUGGAGAAGCAUGAAUUACAAUGUGAUUAUCGACGGCAGCAAUGCUCUGGUUGUCAUUUAGAAGUAUCAAAAAGAGAACUUGCCAAUCAUGAAGCAAACUGUGCAUUAAUUGAUGUGACAUGUCCUGAUUGUAAGUUUGUUUACAAAAGAUGUGAUGCUUCUAUGGUACAUACGGAUAACGUAUGUUUAAAAGAACAAUUACGACAACUUCGAAUUGAGUUUCAAGAGAAUAAACGUGAAUUACAAGAUUUUUCUCAACAAAUGAAAGAAUUACGAACAUUGCAAGCACUCUCGCACAAAUAUGUGACUAUUACAUUUCAUAAUUUAAUGAAUUCCUAUUCUAAACGAGGUGCUUGUCCUGAGUUGUAUAGAGGUCUCAAGUGGAGUGGUUUCGAAUACAUGUAUGAAUCGUAUGCACGAAUGAAACAUGCAAACAGUGGCUAUGUAUAUGCUUUUCAAUCUACUGAUAGUUCCUGUAUUAUUUUUUCUUCAAGUCAUGCAUCAAUCAGUGUAGACCCACCGAACGAAGCAUUUUCUGUUCUUGCAUUGACUGCUUGUGCUGCAUGGAUUGAUAAUUUACAGUUGACUAUAACGGGACAUCGUAAUUCAAUUAAGAUCAAAAAUCAUGUUUCUGCACUUCGUUUUGGUAAGCCACAAGAGAUUAUACUUGGUUGGACAGAUAUCGAUAUGCUCACCUUCGAAUCGUCAAGAGAAAUUAGGCCUUCAGAAACUCCCAAUUCAGGCAAUCAAUUUAUAUUUACUUGCUUAAGAUUUGCUUAUUGA